GCCACUAAAUCAGUCUAAGUAAAUGUCAACAGUCGUCGUUAAUUGAAACCAGAAGGCCAACUUUUCGAAUCUGUGAAAUUCCACCGUAAAACCAAAACCCUGAAACCGCCCCCGGGUUUCUGCUUUCGGUGGAUCCAGAGUUCCAGACUCCUAAAUAUAUUCAUCUCCCAUCUCACAACCCAUCACAACAAAUUCUCAAAUUCCCCUCCUGAAGAUCCCUUUGGAUCUUUGAUUCCUCCUAACCCUUUCAAAACCCAUUUCUUCUCUGAUUUGAUUUCGCUUUGUUUUGAUCUUUGAUCGUAUCUUAGUCGAUCAUAACAUUAAUGGAAACCAAAAUUGGUUCAAUUGGUUCAUGUAAGCCCGUCUGUAACGACGUGGGUAGUAUACCUUCCUCUGGUGUUUCUGUUGUCCAGAACUCGGUGGUGCCAUCUUUGAUAGCUUCUUCCGAGGCCACACUCGGUCGCCACCUCGCUCGUCGACUUGUCCAGAUCGGUGCCACGGAUGUCUUCUCUGUUCCUGGUGACUUCAAUCUUACUCUGCUUGAUCACCUCAUCGCAGAGCCUGGGCUUAAUCUCAUUGGCUGUUGUAAUGAGCUCAACGCUGGGUAUGCUGCUGAUGGAUUUGCUCGUUGCCGUGGUGUCGGUGCCUGUGUUGUUACUUUCACCGUCGGUGGGCUUAGCGUUCUCAACGCCGUUGCUGGUGCUUACAGUGAGAAUCUCCCUGUUAUUUGUAUCGUUGGAGGGCCCAACUCAAAUGACUAUGGCACUAACAGAAUCCUCCACCACACCAUCGGAUUGCCCGAUUUCAGCCAAGAGCUUCGAUGCUUCCAUGCUGUCACCUGCUAUCAGGCGGUAGUGAAUAACUUGGAAGACGCACAUGAAUUGAUCGAUACGGCCAUUUCAACUGCUUUGAAAGAAAGCAAGCCUGUUUAUAUUAGCAUUAGCUGUAACUUACCGGCGAUCCCUCAUCCUACCUUCAGCCGGGAACCCGUCCCCUUCGCCCUUUCUACCAGAUUGAGUAAUCAGAUGGGUCUAGAAGCAGCCGUUGAGGCCACCGCGGCGUUCCUAAACAAGGCCGUCAAACCAGUCUUGGUGGGUGGGCCAAAACUCCGAGUGGCAAACGCCUGCGAAGCCUUUAUGGAGCUUGCAAAUGCCUGUGGCUAUCCUGUUGCUGCAAUGCCUUCUGCAAAAGGGAUGGUGCCAGAGCACUACCCUAAAUUCAUCGGCACUUACUGGGGCGCUGUGAGCACUGCUUUCUGUGCUGAAAUCGUUGAAUCUGCUGAUGCUUACAUCUUUGCCGGACCCAUUUUUAACGAUUACAGCUCAGUGGGUUACUCACUUCUGCUCAAGAGGGAGAAGGCAAUCAUUGUUCAACCUGAUCGUGUGGUGAUCCCCAAUGGACCUUCAUUUGGGUGUAUUCUAAUGAAGGAUUUCUUUAAGGCUCUUGCCAAGAAGCUCAAGUUCAACCCAACUGCUUAUGAGAACUACCACCGUAUCUAUGUCCCUGAUGGGCUUCCCAUUAAAUCUGCACCCAAGGAACCCCUGAGGGUUAAUGUUCUGUUCAAGCACAUACAAGCGAUGCUGUCUAGUGACACUGCUGUGAUCGCCGAGACAGGGGAUUCAUGGUUCAACUGCCAGAAGCUGAAACUGCCGGAAGGUUGCGGGUAUGAAUUCCAGAUGCAAUAUGGAUCAAUUGGGUGGUCAGUUGGAGCAACACUAGGAUAUGCACAAGCUGCAAAGGAUAAGCGAGUCAUUGCCUGCAUUGGAGAUGGGAGCUUCCAGGUGACAGCACAAGAUGUGUCCACAAUGAUACGUUGUGGGCAGAGAACCAUCAUCUUCCUUAUUAACAAUGGUGGAUACACUAUAGAGGUUGAGAUCCAUGAUGGGCCAUAUAAUGUGAUUAAGAACUGGAACUACACCGCAUUGGUGGAUGCAAUCCAUAAUGGUGAAGGGAAGUGCUGGACCACUAAGGUACGAUGUGAAGAGGAGCUUGUGGAAGCAAUCGAAACAGCCACAGGACCUGAAAAGGACUCUUUGUGCUUCAUAGAAGUUAUUGUGCACAAGGAUGAUACAAGCAAAGAGCUACUUGAGUGGGGAUCAAGGGUCUCUGCUGCAAAUAGCCGACCACCAAAUCCUCAGUAGAUUCCAGUUUGCAACUCUUGAAUCGAUUUUUAGGCGGCGGUUUUUUUCUGUUAAUUCAUUUAUGAUUAUAGGCUAUAGUCUUUUGUUCAUCAUUUUGCUUUUGUUGCAGAGUAGUAUGACUAGAUUUUGCAUAUUUCAUUGUUUGCAAUUUGAAGUUAAUAUUAGCCAAAAAGUUCUCUGCCA